GGAGAAACUCGUUCAGCUAUCGUCACCGACCCUGACUUCAUCUCACGACUCACGCCUACGAAACGCCAUGACAGGAAUGUACGACAACCCACCCCAGCCCCCAGGGCUCCGAAACCAUACCCCAGAAAGCGUUACUGCCGCCUUCGAAGCAUGGGCCGACAAACACCGUGCUGCGCUAGAUGCGAUCGUAGCCGAUGUCAACCUGAGUGACCCGCAGACUGUCACAUUUGAGAACGUCAUGCGCCCCCAACUCGAGUUUGAGAAUCAAAAGUUCUCGCACAACUUGCGCUUUUACCAGCACGUUUCUGAGAACAGCGAUUUGCGGGAGACCACUCGCAAAAUGGCAAAAUGGUACGAUAACAUCUGGACGGACAUGAACAUGCGCGGGGACGUCUUCCGUGCGAGAGAAGUCCUGUAUCACAAAUCUGGUCUCGCGGCAAGUAGGAAACAGAAUUCCGCUCGGUACAUAACCGAGGACAUUGCAAAGAAUGCAGGUUUUGAGGAUGCUGAGAGUGCUAUCGCUCUGGAGGAAGAGUGGAAAGAGGCAAUCAGGUUAGGAUUGGGUUUACCGUCCAAACCCCAGCGUGAUCGCUUCAAUCAAAUUCAAAAGCGCGUGGAGGCAAUCAAGAGCGAGUUCAAGAACCACCACGCUUCUGAUAAAGGCUGCAACUGGUUUACCCCUGCAGAGUUGGAUGGCAUGGACAACGAUAUUAUUGACCAGUUGGCGAAGGGAACGGGCGAGAAUGAAGGCAGACUUAAGGUCACCUUCGACCCCAGUCAUUACGACAUCUUUCUCAGAGACGUCAAGAACUCGGAGGCUCGAAAGCGCAUGUGGACUGCCAUGGAGAACAAAUGCCCAGAAAACGUCCCGCUCUUUAAAGAAGCCAUGCUUCUCCGAGACGAGGCUGCUCGCCUCUUGGGUUACCCAGAUCAUGCCACAUUGAGGAUUGAAAGCCGAAUGGCGAAGACACCUAGGGCUGUCAACAACUUGCUGAAUGACUUACGAACCCGCCUUGCACCCCUUGCCACCAAAGAGCUCAACCAACUACUACAAACUAAGAAGAAGGACUGCGAGACUCGAAACUUGCCGUUUGAUGGCAGUUUCUAUCACUGGGACUGGGCUUUCUACGCCUCCCAAAUUUCCAAGCAAGAACAUGACCUUGACAACAAGAAGGUUGCCGAAUACUUCCCGAUCGAUUCCGCAAUCACAGGCAUGCUCCGCCUCUUUGGGGUGCUCUUUGGCAUCGUUUUCGUUAGGUUGACCGCAGAGGAUCUUGAGCGUAUCUCCCCUACUGGCGUCGCCGAUGAUGUCAUGUAUCACAGGGACACUAUCAUGUUUAGUGUGUGGAAUGACGAAUCCGAGGGUAAUGACUUUCUGGGAUACCUUUACAUCGACGCCCAUCCACGCGAGGGCAAAUACAGACACGUAGCAAAUUUCCCCCUGGAACUUGGGCACCAGAGAACGGACGGUACGAGGUUUUACCCAUCCACGGCUAUUGUUUGCAACUUCCCUGCGCCAACCAAGGACAAACCGUCACUCCUUGACCACGAACAUAUUGUUGACCUAUUUCAUGAAUUGGGACAUGGGAUUCACUCUCUGGUUUCACGCACUCGCUUCUCUCGUCAUCACGGGACAGCAGGCAAGCGAGACUUUGUCGAAGCCCCUAGCCAGAUGCUUGAACAUUGGACAUGGAGAGCCGAGUAUAUCAAACGCAUCAGCAAACAUUAUUUAACAGGCGAGCAGAUGUCUGACGACAUGGCCGAGCGGAUUGCGGCAAGCAGACAUUUCCUUCAGGCGUUGAGGAACUUGUGGCAGUUAUCAUCCGCGAUUUUUGACAUGGAGGUUCAUUCGCCCAAAUCACGCGCUGCCCUUGAAAACAUGGACUUUACCAAGCGAUACAACGAAUUGAGAAACGAACUAACAGGAAUGAAGGGACCCGAAGCUAUUGGUGAACCGAUGUAAGCUCUAAUGCUGUCAACCUCAUUACUUCCUUCGUAUCUUGUUACCAUUGGUCUAACACCUACUCCUACGACAUGUUUUACUUCGCCUUUGCUAAAGAUCCGAUGGAUAAAUCUCAAGGUCACCGAUUCAGACACACGGUUCUCGAAAAGGGCGCGUCGCAAGACGAGAUGCUCAUACUUGAGCAGUUCCUGGGUCGCAAACCAACCACCGAUGCGUUUUGCAUGGAGCUGGGGCUGGUUGAACCUAUGGAAGAACCGUUGUUGAAGGGAAGUUCCUUCGCUGGACGAGACCCCGUCAUUGAGGGCGCCUCGAGUGAGGAGGAUCCUGCCAUUGAGCAUCACCCUUUCUGAGGGAAGUCCCUCUUGCUGGGGCAGAUUCCAUUGCCGAUGGAGGGUCAUCUGUUGAGUGCGGUCGAGUUAUCUAGGGCGACCCAUCUGCUGAAGGCGGUCCAGUUGUUGAGACCACGUCACCGAGAGAGAGGAUCUGCCACAAAAUGAAGCAUAUUGCAGCACACUUCAGGAGGAACAGGAAUUGAUGAGAGCAUCACAAGAACUACCGCCGCGUUGCUACAACGGUUUCUGUUCUAUCAGGUUCGCUAACAUAUUGUGCUACCACAUAGAACAGAAGAAGGAAAUCAAUUUCGAGGAGGUUAUCUAGUUGGCUCAACUCUUCCCAAUUCGACAUGUGCAUUUUUCCCUUCCAUCACCAUCCUCAUUCAUUUUUUUGCCGAGUUAUUUUAUUAUCCUGCGUGUUGGGACAUCUGAAGGAAUGACUAUCCGGUCCAGGCCUUUUUCCCGGCGGUGAGUCAGUCAGGUCCUCUCCAUUCCCUAUCAUCCAAGAGAGCAGGCUCAACAUCAACAUCCAGACUUUUCUGACAAUAUGAUUCUUCGUGUCGACCCCAUACACCUUAUUAACCUUUCAACUUUGGUUCCCAAGCUCAUCGACACUCACAACAGACUGGACAGAUUUAGGCUAGGCAAGGCGACCCCAGAUAUGCACGGCCGAUGAUCGGAACCAAGCGCCCGCACGAGUGUCCACCUCCCAGGGUCCUGGCAUGGCACCCUCCCCUGGACGGCGAAGGUACUUGAAAGGUACUUCGUCGGACCAUCCAUGUUCGUAGAUUCGGCCAUGCGGCGACGGCGACGACGUCCUAUCUCGUUUCAUCGAUUCUUCUACCAAGAUCAUCAGGUCCGAGAGACCCCAGAAUGCUCUUGGCAAUUGGAGUAACCUCGGGAUCCGGUUACAUAGCUAGAGCUUUGAGGCACCAUCAUUGGUCAGGCUCUAUGGGCGAGCCUCGCUGUGCAUAUCACCGAGGGUGUCCCGUGAUAGUCCGUACUCCGUGGCGCCCAUCGAGCGGCGGCGGCGCAACACCACGUUACUAGUGCAAACGUUAACAUUUG